UGCUUAAAAUGCUAACAACAUCAUUACUAAACUAACAAACGAUGCAACCAAAUUUGGAUGUCAUACUUGAUGCGUUUGCUUCUGGUGGACUUGCAGUUUUGCUACUGGAAGUCGAACUGUUAGACUCUGAAGGAGCAGUGGGAACAGAUGGUGCAGCGGUUGAACCAGGUGAUGCAGUCGCAUGUUUGCAAAGGAAAAUUGGAGCUGGCAUAUAAUUAUGUGAAAUCAAGAACAGAAGGGUCUGGUGAAAGCAGGGAGGAACUUCAGACAAUAAGCUUUUCGAGAGUGAUAGUUUUCUUUAAUAAUUGGGUUCAGAGGAUACUGGUUUCUUCUGAAAAGAAAAUUAGGGUGGAAGGAGACAAGCAUGGGAUGGAAAUUGCAGGAUCAUAUUUAGAUUAUAGAUGUUGGGUGAUUUUCAGGUUCGGUUUGGAGGAAUCAAAAAAGCUUGGUGUUUCAUUACACUUCCUAAGGGACUUGUUACGGGUCAUCCAAUACAUUUCAAGGGAUGCAUUGAUACGUUUGGGUGAUGAGCCUAUGGUUAGUGAAGAAUUGGAGUUACAUACCAUUGUGCUUGAUUGCAUAUCCUUGGUCUUCUCAUCUCAUGGGGGUAUAUCUAAUGAAAAUCUAGACUUAUGGAUUUCAUUGAUUAGUGUAGUGCUUGAAUUUGUCCAAAAGGUUCUCAAUGAUAAUCUUGAUGGCACGAAGGCAGGUCGUUUUGCCAAGCAGUUGUCUUGCUACUUGCUUGAGCCAUUUGUUAAGUUUCUAAAGGUCCAUCCAACUCGUAAAAAUGGUUUCCGUGAGUUUAUAGAUAAGCUUUUUGCAGAUUUGGUGAUUUUGUGGGACACAUUAGAUGUUAAUGAAUGUGAAAGCAAUCCAGAAUGGAAAAGAAAUCUAUUGGUGUUGAUAGAAGAAGUUUUGUCACAGGCUUUGUUCCAUCCAACUCAUAUUGAUGGAUUUUUAAGCCUCCAAAGUACAUCUAAGUACAGGCAUUCUGAUGAUAAAAAAUCAAAAGAGGAGAAAACUUUCAUAAAAAGUUACCAUAGACACUUAUUUGAUAAGUUGGGGAAGAUUAUAACCGGGAAGAAUGCAUCAGCGCUCAGUGGUGCUGGAGAGCUGCUUCGCGUGUUCACUAAUUGUAUUUAUAUGAAAAAUGGGGGUAUAGUCGGUGCGGAAGCAUCUAGGCAGCAGGACGGCAAUUCUACUGCCUUUUUCAAGAGCUCUUCCAACAGUUCUGCGAUUUCAAAAAGUCCUUAUUAUGGUCUGGAUGCGGCAGCCCGAAAAUCGGUUUUUGAUUUUUUCGUAGAGAUUAUGGAACUUUUCUUAUCAGAGAUUAAUACUCACUCACAAGCCGAACUGGAAGCUGGAUCUCUGUAUUCGGAUGUUAGCACAUUAAGAUCUAUCAAUAAGUUGCUUGCAACUUGUGUACAGGAAAAGGUAUACAUACGAACUGAAGAUACCUCAGAAGGGGCUUGCUUUAGUUUUUUGAAGUUAAUUUAUGAUGCAAUCAUGUCGCUUACUGCCCACAUGAAUCGGUUACUACAAUCAUUUGGCGCUCCAGAAGAACGAAUACCCGGGCAAUUGUUGAUUCAAGCAGCCAAGGAAAUUUUUCUCGCUAUUCAUUAUUUAGUGGAUAUUGAAUAUGAGGUUGUUAGGGAUGAUCUAGAGAAACUAUGGGGUAUGAUACUUGCUCUUACAGCCAGUAGUCACUCUCUGAUGAACGCCUCAGAGCAGCAUUUGUUGACUUCAGAGGUACUUAAGCUGGGAUGCAGGCUGGUUCACCUCUACAGUGAGCUUCGACAGGUUAACCUUGCGAUAUUCACACUAAGCAAAGCUGUUAGAGAAGUAGUAUCAUCAUUCAGAAGCAACAAAGCAUUCAGAUCUUCAUUUCUCUGUCACUCAUUUGCUAAUUCUCUGAGCAUGCUAUUGUGCUCUCCAGAAUUCAGACUUUCCAUCAGAAAGGCUGUUAAGUCCAUUCCCGAGGGCCAAGCAAGUGGAUGCAUCCGAGAGUUGAUCGUAGAUGCUGCGGAAUCUCUGGAAUGGAUAAAAUCCGAAUAUCAGGUGCCUGCUGAGAGCGAUUCUGCAGAACCACGUUUCAGUAGUUGUGCCACGCCUUGCUUUGAUCUAAAAGCUGAGCUUUUGGGGAAAAGUUUGACUGAAUUAUAUACCCUUAUUCUCGACUCAAUGACUAUUACUACCGGUAAUAGCAACCUCGUUGCUCUUUCCGUGAAAGAUCUGAUAGCUGUUAUCCGCCCUGGUUUGAUUGCUCUGGUCUCGCAAGAUCUUGACGUUCUUAACGUGUUCUUCCCUUUAGUAACGGGCAGAGCAUUCAGCAAGGCAGCUGCACUUGAGAAUGAUAUUCGCUCAGUAUGCUGGAUUGUGGUCUUUUUCUUUCGUUUAUAUAUGUCUUGCAGAAGCUUGCAAAGACAAGCCAUCAGCCUGAUGUCCCCAGAUGCAUCAAGUAAGAUGUCAAGAGCACUUGGUGAUUCUUUUGCCGCUUAUUCUGCGAAGGACUGGCUGGAGAGGACUGGUUGGGAAGACGAAAGUUACUUUUCUUGGAUUGUCCAACCUUCAGCUCCUCUUCCUGCUGUUAUACAUAUUAUUGCUGAGUUUUGUCAUCAGCAAACUGUUAUAGGUUGCUAUCCACUUAUUUAUGUAUUGAGUGGCAUGGCUCUUCAAAGACUUGUUGAUUUGAAUAGGCAAAUGAAGUCCAUUGAUUACUUGCUUCAGAGGAAUGAUAAUCUAGUCCAGGCAAGGUUAGAUAAUGAUGCUGGUCUGCUAUCUUACUCCAAGGAUAAUAAAAAGUGGAAAAAGCAUGUCUCAACUCUGAGGAAAGAGGCAGCAGGCCUCGCAGAAUUCAUGAUGAGAUAUCUCUCACUAGUGACUGAAGAUAGGAUAUCUAAGUCCUCAGUUGACCAAGUCAGUAGUAAGGAUACAUAUCUCAAUCAUCUGUAUGAAACCGAGGUAUGGGAUCUUGGUGCUGGCUCUAUAGAUGAGAAGCUGUUUCCAUCUGCUUUCUGGUGGAUUAUUUGCCAAAAUGUUGAUAUCUGGUGUCCUCAUGCUUCUAAAAAAGACUUGAAGAAGUUUCUUUUAGCUUUAAUUCAGAACUCCCUUCCUUGUUUAAGCAUGGAUAUGAGGGAGCUCAGGAAUCAUAUAGAGAAAUCUGGCUACGUGACAGGAGUCAACCGACAUUUGAUCUCAGUGGAACUUCUGAGGAACACCAUUCUUUAUGAACAAAGACCCAUUUGCAGGCAGAUGGCAUCCAGAUUUUGCCAAAUCUUGAAGAAGUCUGUUUCGUCAAUAUUUUCAUAUGUUGGAGAUGUUGAUCUAGAUAGUUCACCUGAUUGGGACAAUGCCAUACAUGUCCUUGAAAAGUCAUCGACAAAUUUCAGACAUAAUCAUCCGCAGGAGAAUGACUCAUUACUAAAUGACAUACCUGCCGAACCUUGUGAAAAGGAGCUAAGUCCUACUUUUAACACAGAAAUCACCAGAUGCAGGGCAUUUCUCAACCUUUUGAGCUGGAUACCGAAAGGACAUCUUAGUUCAAAAUCGUUCUCACUUUAUGCGACUAGCAUUCUCAAUAUCGACAGGCUUGUAGUCAGCUGCCUGUUUGAUCAGCACGGGUCAGUAGCUUUAUGCAACCAUUAUGAGCUCUUGGGGUUGCUUGUGACCUGUCGGAGAACCCUUAAAAAUCUAAUAAUGGCAUCAUGCGAAGAGAAGAAAGGUCAUCAAUCCUUGCUAGCUUGCUUGUGGUCGGAGAACUCUCCUGUUUUUUGGCUUCUGAAGUCAUUGUCUGGAAUAACUGGUUUUCAGAGUGCAUUUUCUCAAGAGACUUCUCCUCAAUUGAAACAUAUGAUUUUCUCAUUGAUGGAUCACACAUCUUUCAUCCUUUUGACUCUGUUCAAAGAUCAAUUUAAAGCUAUUCUUACUUUGACUGCUGGGAAGUCUUAUGGAGGAGCUCUCAGCUCUGCUGAUUGCCACGAAGAGACUGUUCUGAAAGAAAAUGGUCCAUGUUCAGAUUUCUCUGAUAAUGGUGAUGCAUGGAGAAGUGUUUCAUCUGUAGCUGGCACCUUAACGGAACAUGCACAGGACUUGCUGGACUCCCUAAAUGCGGCGGUUGUUAACAGAAAAGUGAAUAAUCUAGCUGGGGUUCAGGAAGUGGAUAAAGUCUCACCUGUAGUCUCCUGCUUUCAGGGCUUCUUAUGUGGUCUGGCUUCUGCAAUGGACAGUUUGGACAUUAAAAGUAGCAGUACUCUUAUAAAAUCAACAAGCUGCAACCUCAAACUAAAACCAUGUAUAGAGAGAUGUGCAGACUUGUUAAACUCUGUUUUGCAUUUGUUAUUUCUUGAGGGGGAUCAGUGCCCUCAAGGUUUGUCUAGUGCCCACACUUCAGUUGAGACAGAAUGUUGCAAUGAACUAUUGACAACGGGAACUCGUCAAUCUAGGGACUCUGCUACUGAGGUUGAUAAUGUGAAUAAGGAAGAACACUGUUCUGGUUCCGCUGGCUCCUUACAGACCAAUGACAUUAAGAAUGACCUGCAGAAGUUCGGAGGUAUUGAGUCUCUUUUGGCCAAUGUGGACUUUGAGCAACAAUACUUGAGAAAAUCUUUAUUGCAAGGACUUUUCAAAGAAGAAAAUCUUGAAGCAGCAUUUUGUCUGAAACAGAUUUUCGGUGCUUCUUCAGCUAUUCUAAAAUUUUCGUCGCAUACCAAGUCUAUUUCCUUGCCCCCGAAUCUUCUUCCCAUGCUAAUCCGUGUCUCUCAAGUCUUGCUUUCUGAGUUUGCCAACUAUAGUGGGUCACUAGAACAGUUCUCUUUUAUUUGGUUAGAUGGUGUUGCGAAAUUCACUGGGGAGCUUGGAAAAACAUUUCCUCUGCUUAAUCCCUUGUCUUCUAGAGAUUUAUUUGUCAAGCAAAUAGAAUUGCAUUUGAGGGCCAUGGGGAAGUGCAUAUCUUUACAGGGGAAGGAAGCUACUCUAGCAUCACGAGAGAUAGAAUCAAGUACCAAGAUGCUAAGUGGUCUGCCAGAACAUGACCUAUUCAACUCCCAUUGGCUAAACCACUUGGAUGAGUUAAAAUCCAGAUUGAGGAUGUCAUUCGCAAAUUAUGUCAGCAGAGCUUCUGAAUUGCAUUUAUUGUCUGCUAUUCAGGCUAUUGAAAGAGCAUUAGUGGGUGUGCAGGAACACUGCUGUAUUAACUAUGAAGUAACUGCUGGAAGUUCACACGGAGGAAAAGUCUCUGCUAAUGUUGCUGCAGGCAUUGAUUGCUUGGAUUUGAUUCUUGAAUAUGUUUCAGGGCGUAAGAAGUUGGCUCUGGUCAAAAGGCAUAUCCAGAACUUAGUAUCAUCUCUACUCAAUGUAGUCCUGCACUUGCAAGGGCCCAAGAUAUUUUUCAGAAAUCUCAAGUUCAGAAAAGAUUUUACUGAACCCGACCCUGGCGCUGUCUGUCUUAUGUGCAUUUCAGUGCUGACAAAAAUUUCUGCCAAACACGCUUUCUUCCAAUUGGAAGCGUGCCAUAUUGGGCAGUUAUUGCAUAUGCCUGCUGCAAUAUUUCAGAGUGUUUUCCAGCUUUGGACAUCCAAAGUUCCGCUUUGUUCUAAUUAUACUGGAGGCUGGACUUCUGGAGAAACUGAGGUUCCUGGAAGCGAAAGAAGUGCUGUGGAUAGACAAUUUUGCAUAAAGCUAUAUGCUGCAUGCUGCCGAAUGCUGUGUACUGUUCUUAAGCAUCACAGAAAUGAGACACGGCGCUGCAUCGCGCUUCUGGAAGAUUCAGUUGGCAUGCUUCUUAAUUGUUUGGAGAUGGUGUGCACCAGUUCAGUUGGAGGGGAUUAUUUUGGAUGGGAAGUGCAAGGAGGAGUAAAAUGCGCCAGUUUUCUUCGAAGGGUGUAUGAAGAGAUUAGGCAGCACAAAGAUGUCUACGGUGACAAUUGUUUUCAAUUCCUAUCUUGCUACAUAUGGGUUUACUGUGGAUAUGGUCGGCUUAGAAAUGGAAUCAUCCGGUACUUUUUCGUUGUAUUGACUUUUGAUUUCAAGCACACUGUGAUUUGCAUUUUUGAUUCCUGUUCUCCAAUUUUAAUGAAUUUUUUAAACCAGAAAGCUCCAAAGGAAAACGUUUAUUCAGCCUGCUUAACAGCAAUCAGAAAUGCCUCUGUUGAUCCAUUCUUCAAGACCAAUGGUGAAGGAUAA